UUGCUAUUUUUAGACAACAUGAGGGACCGGAGAGCUCGGUUUCCUCCACCAGGUGUGCUUCCAAUUUUAGAAAAGAAAGAGAGAGCCAGGAGUUGGGCCAUUUAAAAGAUGGAGCUCGAGAAAGAGGCGGGGUCUCAAGGAGGACGGAGUUAGCGGUCAUUCAUCGUGGAGGGCUGUUUUCUCUCUCCUCCUCCUCCUCUCUCUCGCCGCAGUACUAUUCAAACAAAAAAAAAGGUGGAAGACUUGAUUUCAUUGCGAGCUGCAUUUUCUUUCUCCCAUUCCAUUCUCUCUGUAUAUUUUGACUUGAUUUUGCAAAUUUAGGAGGCUUUUUGGUUCUUCUUUUACCAUUCAAAUCGCAUGGUUUCCGGAUUUUAAAUUCGCCAUGGCCGCAAGGACCAGUUUCCAAUUGCCGAGGGAUUUCUUCUCCGCUUUGUCUUCGGCCUUCUACGAAUGGUGUUUGAUCAUUGUCCUGUAUAUCAAUGCCUUGUUGUCGCUCCUCGCAACCAAGUUUGCUCGCUUUUGCAAUUUGCCAGCGCCAUGUCUUCUAUGUUCAAGGCUCGACCACAUUCUCGGCAAUGAUAAUCCGGGGUUCUACAGGGAUCUAUUUUGCCAUGGCCACAAGGUGGAGAUUUCCUCAUUGGCUUAUUGCUGUGGUCACCAAAAGCUUGCCAGCUUCCAUGAAAUGUGUGAGAAUUGUCUCAAUUCAUGCCUGGAGGCCUAUGGGGAGAAUGUCCAACCAAAACUUGUUUCUUCUGUUGACGGUGAUGGCUCACGGAACAAGUCCUAUGAAGAUUUGGUGAAAGUCCCAUUGUUAAAGAAGGAUCUCGAAUGCAUGAGGCAAUGCUCAUGUUGCUCGCAGCCAUUCAGGAAUCAAUUGUAUGCACAUUGGUCGAUUCAGAGCAAAGUCAUAGGAGCUGAUGUUGCUGAAAUUGGCAGGAAGGGAUAUGGUCAUGUAAUUCAUCAAGAAGGAUUGAAAAAAAUAAGCGAAGAGUCCUCAAGGUUGUUGGCUGGUUAUAAUCCAGCAAAUCAUGGCUAUGAUCGAUUGUCUCAUAUUGGAUACAGUGAGCUCAAGAUUACCUCUGACUCCGAGUCGGAGGUCCCAUUCUCAGAUGAUGAUGACGGAAAUGUUCAGGUUUGUGGAACUGAAGAUCUCAAGGAGGAAAUUUUGGCUCGAUGCCGUCAAAUGCCGCCAAGAAUCAUCAAAUCCAAAGGUGCAUCUAACUUUGUUUCAGAUGAUAUGGUUCCUGAGAAGCUGAUCCAACCGAAUCCUAUUAUCCCUGAGCCUUCUCUUUCAGAUGCGCAGACAAAAACUAAAGCGCGUGGCUCUUGUGAUGAGUCAUCUACAGGAUCCACUGAUUCUAGUGGGCAUGGUCUGGAGGAAAUUAAUUGGAGCCAAGUCAAUAUGAUGACAGAUCCAAUCACAUCAUCCGAAACCAUAUCAGAACAAGUCUCGAUCAAUGUUUCAAAAGAAAAAUCUAACUUCAUGGAAAUUGGUGACACCGAAUGUGUUUCUGCUGGUUCAAAUGCGGAGUUUAUCAAGGUACCGAGUUCAACUUGUAAGACAAGCCCAACUACCAAUGACACUGGUUCGUCUGCACACUUGCGAGUUGCUCGAGCUAAUAGUUUCAAGAGUGUUCUUGGUAAUAAAGGAGGCCUGCUUUCUCCCAGAGUUUCUGAAAUAGUCGCAGGGAAGGAUUCUUCUAGAGCUCAUGAUGAACUGAAAUCACGACUCUCACAAAUGUCUUCUUCUCUGGGGUUUGAGUUCUCCCCAAAUGAUAUUAAUUCCAGUCCUAGAGUAUCUGAUGCUUCUAGCUCAGCUGGAAUGCAGAAUAUUGCUAAGAGGAUUUCCAUUGAGAGAAAUAAUUCAUGGAUAGAGCCGUAUGAUAUAAGUCUUGUUAGUGAAAUAGAAGGAGAAACUUCAAUUGAUCGCUUUAAGCGGCAGGUUGAGAUGGAUAGGAAGUCCAUGAGUCUUCUCUACAAAGAAUUGGAAGAAGAAAGAAGUGCUUCAGCAAUUGCAGCACAAGAAACGAUGGCCAUGAUUAAUAGGUUGCAGGAAGAGAAGGCAACAAUGCAGAUGGAGGCUUUGCAAUAUCUAAGAGAGAUGGAAGAGCAGGCUGAGUAUGACCAAGAAGCAAUCCAAAAGCUAAAUGAGUUGCUAACGGAGAGGGAGAAAGAAAUACUAGAUCUGGAAGCGGAGGUAGAAAGCUACAGAAAGCAGUUUGGAGAUGAACCAUUGGAAGAAAAAGUUCUAGAACCAUUGGGUGGCUCGGAGGUAAGAGAAAAUAAGUCUACUUCCACAAGGCACCAUAUGAUAUUUAGAGAUUGCAAUAAUUCUAACCAGAGUCAUAUGAUGUCCCAGGACCUGGCUGGUACAGGAGUUGUAAAGGAUCCAUUGCUGGGUUUUGAAGAUGAGAAGGCUAAUCUUUUAGAAUGCUUAGGGAGGUUGGAGAAAAAGCUUCGUCAGUUUCCUCAAAAUGGAGAUAAUGAAGAUGAAUCCAGACAUAGAGCAAAGGACGAUGGCCAAUCUGAUAAAAAAGAUGAGCUUAAGAUUGACAAAACGAACAAUGAACAAGGGCAUAGACUGUUACAAGAUGAUGCAGCCAGAAAUGGUCGGCAUUCUGAGGCUCCAUUAGGGGCCAAGGAGAUGGAACACCAUCAUAUGAAUGAUGAUAGUUCAGAAAAUGGUCAGAUGGAAGAGGAGAUUUCAUCAAAGAAUGAGUCAUCUUUAUGUAGGGAUUAUACGGAAAAUGGAAUAUGUUUGAAUCCUGAUAAAAAUAGUCAUAUAGCCUCUCUUGAAGAUGAAGUUUCAGACCUGAACAAGAGGGUGGCAGCACUUGAAGGAGAUCAAAAAUUCCUUGAGCACACAAUCAAUUCACUGAGAAAUGGAAAUGAUGGAGUACAACUUGUUCAGGAGAUAGCCUGUCACCUACGAGAGUUACGAAGGCUUGGGAUCAAACAGAGAGAGCGGGCUGUUGCUUAAGCUUCCAUUGCCUUAACUAAGUGAUUCUCCCUUCAAUGUGAAUCUGCCAAUUCUGUUCAGCUUGUCAAUUAGGCUUGGUUAACCACAACAAGGUGCACAGUCUUCAUUGCAUUAUAAUUCGUAAAUGUUAAUGAGGAUAGUGUUGGAUAGAGCGAUAGCUACUUGAGCCUUAUCGAACAAGGAAUGCUGCUUCGAGUUCUUUUUCAUAUUUUUCAGUCUGGAGUUUCUUAUCUUAAAUGGCUUUGUAACUUAUUAUCUUCCACUUUUUCAAAGGACUGACUACAGUGGUGAGGGUUAUGAUUGGCUUUUACAUUAUGAAUGGUGAAAUGUAAAAUGUACUUAAUGUAACAUUGCUGCUACUUCAUCAUUAUAAAGAUUGGGUCUCAUAGCCUGUUAGCCGAUUUUC